UUAAAGAGGAAGGAAAAAGAGUAUGAGCACGAGAUGGAGCGGCUGGCGAGAGAGAAGAUUGCUACCCAGCAGCGCCUGGCGGAGCUGAAGAACGAGUUGAGCCAGUGGAUGGACAUCCUGGAGAUCGACAGAAUUAUCCGACAGACAGUUCAGCCAGAGGAUGACCAGGCAUCUACCUCGACUGCAUCAGAGGGCGAAGACAACAUGGAUGAGGACAUGGAAGAUGACAGGCCAGUGAACUCAUUACCAAAACUAACCCAGCGGCAGCACCCGGAGCUGCUGAAAGCCACACAAGCACUGGUCCAGCCGCAGGCGAUCGUCCCCGCACAGACUCACAUCGUGGCGGCUUCGACAGUGCAAUCGACUGUUAUAGCCCACACGGCCACUACCCACGCCUCGGUCAUCCAGACUGUCAACCACGUGAUUCAGGGUCCACAGACCAAGCACAUUGCUCACAUUGCACCUUCCACAUCCAGCCCUGUGCAACUCACCACUAGUCUUGCCCAGCAGGCGGUGAUGCCCAAGCCUGCUGUAGGAACCCAAGUUGUCCAUCACCCGCAGUUAGUGGGGCAGACGGUCCUAAACCCGGUGACUAUGGUGACCAUGCCGUCGUUCCCCGUGAGCACGCUGAAGCUGGCCUAG